GCGAAAGCUUGACACGGCGCAAAAGGAAGGCAUUGCACAGCUCUUGGAGCCAGACAAACGCCAUCUACUCAAAACGAGGGACCUGGAUAGCAAGUCUCAUGCACUUCUCAAGCCCGAAGACAUUCAGGUGGUUCUCUACGAUGUUUACUCGGCUGACAGCUUUGCAGCCUGCUGCGUUGCUCGCAAAUUCUUGGGGCUGGGCGUGCACUAUGAAGGAGUCACGCGCGGCUCUUGCGUACAACACCUGAGUCUGGAUGCAGAGGGCCUGGACGGAAAGGCUGUGGCGCUGUUGGGCUUGUCUUGGAAAGUUGUGGACAUUCUGGAUCUGUGCAUGGAGUACAAUUGUCGCAUCCUGAUCAUUGACACCCACCGAGGCGUCAAGGAGGAGAUCGAGCAUGCCAGUGAUAGCUGCUUGGUCUUCGUCGACGAGAACAUGGGAGCUGGAGUCUUGGCUUGGAAUUAUUUCUUCGAAGACAAGCCGGUCCCUGUGAUCUUGCGAGCAAUCGAAGAUGCCCACCUGGGCCGCAGUGCAUUUCGGGACGGGAGGGCUUUGGAGGAUGGACUGGACGCGCUGGACACUGGCUUUCUCGAAGCGCUCGAAGUGCGUACAUUCCGCUUCUUCCCGGCUUGGAAGUGCAACGUGGUUUUCAUGCGGUCAGCGCAUGAAGGCCGUAUAGCGGAAGCACUGGCAAUCGAGCUUGCGCGCAGCUGUGAAGGCCGAGGUGCCCAGCAUCGCUGUUUUGGAGCUGUCGUGGACUUUAGAGGUGCAGGUGCACGCGUGAUUCUGAGAAGCGGAUCAGGAGGUCCGGAUGUGUCACAGGUUGCUCGUCAUUACGAAGGAAGUGGGUUGAGUACACGGGCGUUCUUCUUGAUUGACGCUGCGGAGGUUGGAAGCAUGCUUACAAAGCCUGAGAUCGUUCUGCGGCAAGUUUCAUUUCAGGAAGAACAUUGCCUCCAAGCCGAACCUGGCGAUGCAAUAACAGUGGUUUAUCGAGGCGAGAGAAAGCCUGCAACUCCAUUCGAUCAGUGGUCUUGGUGUUACAAGGUGGACAAGCCAGGGCAGGAAGGCUGGUUGCCAACGUUCUCUCACACGCUUUUCGUGGCGACCAGGAAUGAGUCUAAUGGGGGCGAAGGCACAGAAAAGGUGGCUGAGGGAGACCUGAUCCUGCCGCUAGCGCUCCGUGGCAACUUCCUUCUGGGUGCUCGGCUUUCGCUUGGGCCGGCCAAAAGACCGGGAAAUUCAUGGUUUCCUUUCGACCAUGAGCUGUAUAAGCCAGUGCAGCCCAGCUCAGCAGCUGUAAUCCUGGAAGAGGCAGGCUUCUUUGACAGAGGGCAGAAAGGCUAUGUGGACGGCUAUGGCCUCGCAUAG